AUGUUCUUUUCAAGAUUCAGCGAACGAGAAAAGAAAGAAAUAGCCAUCGAAGAUGUUAUUUUAGAGGAAUUUGUGGAGUUGCUGAAUGUCGUUUAUCCAUCACAUAAGCCUAUUUCG